AUGGAUAACUCAGAAGGCCCCAGGACUUCUCGUGACCAAGAGACGCCCAAGGUUGCAGGUGGCAUCGCAAUGCGUCGAGACAGCCUUGCUUCCCAUGAUUCCCGCACGGUUACCUCAGAAGAAUCCCACACGGCGAAAGAGUUUAUCGAAAAUCAACUACAACUCGAAGCCGACGCACGCGAAGCCCUUCCAUAUUCCUUCGACUCAUGCUCGCAAGCUCUAGGCCCCCUCCGUCAAAGCCUCUUUGCCUGCCUUACCUGCAACCCGUCCACCAAACCUGACGAGUCGUAUACCCCCGCCGGCGUCUGCUACUCCUGCUCCAUCUCCUGCCAUGGCGAGCAUACUCUAGUUGAGCUAUUCGGCAAGAGAGACUUUGUCUGCGACUGCGGAACCACGCGCCUCCCUCCAUCUGCUCCCUGCGCGCUCAGAAAUGACCCGAAGACCGGCCGAAAGGGUGUCCACUCGCAAGAGCCCGUGGCGAACAACAAAUACAACCAGAACUUUCAGAAUAGGUUUUGCGGGUGCGGUGAAUCCUACGAUGCUGACAAAGAGAAAGGGACUAUGUUCCAGUGUCUGGGUCUGGGUACGGUUGAGACGGGAGGCUGCGGAGAGGACUGGUGGCAUCCGGAGUGUAUCGUUGGUUUGCCCCGAGACUGGCACAAGGCGGAAAAGAAGGAGGGAGACGAGAACAACGAGGAUGAGGAGCCGCCACUGCCUCCGGGCUUCCCUGCUGAGGACGACUUUGAGACAUUCCUUUGCUACAAGUGCGUUGAGUCGAAUCCCUGGCUGAAGCGCUACGCCGGAACUACUGGCUUUCUGCCUCCGGUUCACCACAAGGGUGAUCAAUCUAAGGUUCCCGAGAACGGCGAGUCUAGCAAGGAGGAUACGGCCAAUGCACCACAUGAAGACGAGGGCAGCUCAAAGAAGCGCAAACUCGAGGACGACAAGGAUGAGCCAGCAGCAAAGAAGCCAAAAGCCGACGAAACCACCCCCGCAGACUCUGAGCCCAAGUCCGAACCCGAACCCGAACCAGAACAACCCACCAACAAACACGGCAACCUCCCCAAGAACGCACCCACCGGAACCUUCUCCCUCUUCCUCAAAGAAGACUUCCGCGACCACCUCUGCCGCUGCCCCCAGUGCUACCCACACCUUUUCACUCACCGCCAACUCCGCGAAGAAGAAGAAACCUACGAACCCCCACUCUCCGAAGCCGGCGACGAAGAACCCAACGGCGGCGGAAGCACGGGUACCGGCUCCCUCCUCGACCGCGGCGAAGCAGCGUUCAGCAACAUGGAUCGUGUACGGGCUAUUGAGGGCGCGAUGGUCUACAAUCAUCUACGCGAUAAGGUGAAGGAAUUCCUAACGCCGUUUGCGGAGAGCGGGGCGGCUGUUGGGGCGGAGGAUAUUAAGGAGUAUUUUGCGAAGUUGAGGGGUGAUCCUGCUGCAGCGAAUGAUGAUGGAGAGAGUAAUGGUAAUGAGGGUGCUAAUAGGCAUGAACAAAGUGGAUACUGA